AAAUUUCUCUGAGCCUUUUAUUCUUUACUUCAAAUAAUGCACGCGGGUUGCAAAGUUUUUUUGAAUUUACGUAAAAAUGCCAGAGGUAAUAAAAGACUACAUCAAAAGCAAUACUCAACUAAGGAGAUCCGUAGAAUUACUUUGAUUCCUGGUGAUGGGAUUGGUCCGGAAAUUAGCGAGGCAGUUUGCAAAAUUUUUGAAGCAGCCGAAAUUCCAAUAAAAUGGGAUGUGCAUAAUGUAACUGCUGAGGGCCUUACUAAAGAGAUGGCAGAUUCCUUAUAUCAGAACAAGGUAGGACUCAAAGGACCACUAGCUACGCCUAUUGGAAAAGGCCAUCGCUCACUUAACUUAAUGAUUAGAAAGACUUUUAAUCUUUACGCUAAUAUUAGGCCAGUGGCUACAAUACCUGGUGUAGCAGCACCUUUUUCUAACGUAGAUAUGGUAGUCGUCAGAGAAAAUACAGAAGGUGAAUAUAGUGGUAUUGAGCAUUUUGUUACAGAAGGAGUAGCCCAAUCCUUAAAAGUUAUUACGCAAAAUGCCUCUCGUAGGAUUUCAGAUUUUGCAUUUAAAUAUGCUGAAGCCAAUGGGCGUAAACACGUAACUGCAGUACAUAAAGCCAAUAUUAUGAAGAAAUCAGACGGCCUAUUUUUAGCCACAUGUCGAGAAGUCAGUUAUCGUUAUCCGCAAAUUAAAUAUGAUGAAGUAAACUUAGCGAACGUUUGUAUGGGCUUGGCAAUGGGCUCAAACCAAUACGACGUAAUGGUUUUACCAAAUCUGUAUGGAGAUGUCGUAUCGGAUUUGUGCGCAGGGCUUAUCGGAGGGCUAGGUGUAACACCUUCUGGGAAUAUAGGAAAUGAAUUGGCUGUGUUUGAAUCUGUGCACGGAACUGCACCUGAUAUAGCAGGUCAGAACAAAGCGAAUCCAACUGCAUUAUUGCUGAGUGCUGUCAUGAUGCUGCGACAUAUUAAAUGGCCAUAUCAUGCAGAAAGAGUAGAACAGGCUAUCUAUGCAAUUCUGAGACAAAAAGGAAAAGCUACUGGUGAUCUGGGAGGCAAGGCGACAUUGAGUGAAUUUACUCAAUCUAUCAUCAAUCAUCUUAGAUCAAACUAAGAAAUAUGACAUUACAGUAUACAGAUAAUAUGUGUUAAUGUUCACCAAAUAUAACUUUAGCAAAUAAAAUGAUAUAAUUUAUCAAAUGAAAAUUUCAAGUUUGAAUAAAAUUUUAAUAAUAAAACAACUAGACGUUUUAGGUAUCA